AUCUACGUCUUUGAUCAAGUACGAGAUUACCUUUUAUAAAUAUCCUUCUCAAUCGUCUAGAAAUUGUUAGAUUAUUGACAACCUCCAACCACGAAACUGCCCACAAACCUGCCCACGAUGAGCGUCCGCCGUAGCACUAUUAUUCCCAACAAGCCGACUCUGACGGAGAAGAAUCUUCCUGACCAAGCAGGCAAGGUCUUUCUUAUCACCGGGGCUUCUGGCGGAUUGGGCAAAGAGCUCGCUUCAAUUCUAUACCAGAAAAACGGAAAGAUCUAUAUGGCCGCUCGCUCCCGAUCCAAGACCGGCGACGUUAUAAGAGAUAUCAAGGCAGCACAUCCAAACUCUACCGGCAGUAUGAUCUUCCUACCACUGGUCCUCGACGAUCUUACCACCAUCAAGGCAUCAGCCAACGAAUUCCUUGCACAGGAAAGCCGUCUCGACGUACUUUAUAACAAUGCUGGAGUCAUGGUUCCUCCUCAAGGGUCCAAGACAGUACAAGGCUAUGAGUUGCAGAUUGGCGUGAAUAACCUCGCUCCAUUCCUAUUCACUCACUUCCUCCAUCCUAUCCUCGCUGCUACAGCUCAGGUUGCUCCCAAGAACUCUGUUCGUAUCAUUUGGGUAUCUUCCAGCGCUGCUGAUGGUGCACCAACACCAGCUAUCGACUUCACCAACAUGGACUAUCAUAUUGAAGAGGGAAUCUGGCCGAAGUAUUCAAGAAGUAAGGCUGGAAACGUCUUGCAUGCUGUUGAGUAUGCCAGAAGGACUGCUGGAGAAGGCAUCAUCAGCAUUGCUCUCAACCCUGGCAACUUUGUGACCAACCUACAACAGAACAUGCCAAGAAUGCAGCUUGCUAUCUUUAAACUCAUCGCUCACGCACCCAAGAACGGUGCCUAUACUCAACUAUUUGCAAGCCAUUCUUCUACUAUCACAGAAAAGGAAAAUGGCUGUUGGGUUUCUCCAUUUGGAAAGGUCGAGCCGGCCUGUAAGGAUCUUCUUGAUCCUGACCUUGGGAAGAAGUACUGGGAGUGGACUGAAGAACAGGUCAGCAAGUACAAGUGA